AUGGCUAAUUCAGAAGCAAUAAUGAAACAAGAAGAAGUUAAAGAAGAUGAACGUGAAGUACAGAGAAGUUACUGGAAAGAACAUUGUGCAGAUUUGUCAGUUGAGUCAAUGAUGCUCGAUUCUAACGCAUCUCAUCUAGACAAAGAAGAGAGACCAGAAGUGCUCUCUCUAUUACCAGCAUAUGAAGGAAAAUCAGUUUUAGAGCUUGGAGCAGGUAUUGGAAGAUUUACUUCUGAAUUGGCUCUGAAAGCUGGACAAUUGCUUGCUGUAGACUUCAUUGAAACUGCAAUAAAGAAGAAUGAAAAUACUAAUGGACACCACAAGAAUGUGAAGUUCAUGUGUGCUGAUGUGACAUCUCCAAACUUGCAUAUUUCUGAAGGAUCAGUUGAUUUAAUAUUCUCAAAUUGGUUACUCAUGUAUCUUUCAGAUCAAGAAGUUAAAAAUUUAGCUGAAAGAAUGGUAAAAUGGUUAAAAGUUGAUGGGUAUAUAUUCUUUAGAGAAUCUUGUUUUCACAGAUCUGGAGAUUCAAAGAGAAAAUACAAUCCAACUCACUAUAGGGAACCAAGAUUUUACACUAAGGUAUUUAAAGAGUGUCAAAUAAGUGAUGAAAAUGGCAAUUCCUUUGAGCUUUCUCUUGUUGGCUGCAAAUGCAUUGGAGCCUAUGUUAGACAUAAGAAGAAUCAAAAUCAGAUUUGUUGGAUAUGGCAAAAAGUUAAAUCUCAAGAUGAUAGAGGAUUUCAAAGAUUCUUAGACAGUGUUGAGUAUAAUCAUAAGGAUAUCUUACUAUAUGAACAUGUUUAUGGUCAAGGCUUUGUUAGCACCGGAGGACUUGAAACAACUAGAGAAAUUGUGGCAAAGUUAGACCUAAAGCCAGGUCAAAAAGUACUAGAUGUUGGUUGUGGCAUUGGAGGAGGUGCUUUUUACAUGGCUGAAAAUUUUGAUGUUGAGGUUGUUGCCAUUGACCUCUCCAUAAACAUGAUUUCUCUAGCCAUCGAACGCGCCAUCGGACUCAAAUACUCGGUAGAAUUCGAAUGUGUUGAUUGCACUAAAAAAACAUAUCUUGAAAACACAUUCGACGUAAUCUAUACUCGCGACACCUUGUUACAUGUCAAAGACAAGCCAACAUUGUUUAGAUCAUUUUAUAAAUGGUUGAAACCUGGAGGUACACUUUUAAUUAGUGACUAUUGCAAAAGUGUUGGAAGUCUUUCAAUGGAAUAUGCAGAAUACAUCAAAAAGAGAGGAUAUUAUAUCCAUGACAUGAAUUCAUAUUAUAAGAUGCUUGAGAAUGCUGGAUUUGAUUAUGUCAUUGCUGAGGAUCAAACCAAUUUGUUCUUGAAAACUCUACAAAUGGAGUUAAAUGGCCUUGAGAAUAAUAAAGUUGACUUCAUUGAUGAUUUCUCAGAGGAUGAUUACAAUGAAAUUGUUGAAAGAUGGAAGGCCAAGCAGAUGAGAGGCGUGGCUGGAGAGCAGAUAUGGGGCUUGUUCAUUGCCAAGAAAAUAUGA